AUGGCACAAGGUGGUGGCAGGCAGAACCAUGGAGAGGAGGCGGCAAUGGCUAGGCGGCAUUCUAACGGCAGUAGUGAUGACACCACUUCGAAUCACACUUCCACAAAUAAACCCUGUUGCUGGUCCCUCGGGGUUCAGGAGCGGUGGUGGUUAACACGACACUGGCAACAGUCGAGUGCGAUCGUUAACGGCGACAAGAAACGAGAGGGAGAAGAGGCGACAGAGAGAAUAGCAGCGACGCUCACAGCUCUGCCGAUAGGUCUUGUUGUCGCUGACAGUAGGGCACAACGGUGGCGGUUCGGUGACAAUGAAAUAGUGACAGUUGCUGCCUUCCAACUUCGUCGUCGGCUGAUGCGGUGGUUGCUCCCCUCUCCAGUCGGUCUUCCACGCUUCCUGUGA